CAAUUUCGACGAAGAAGACGUGAACCUACAGUCAAUAGUUGUUGUGUCAUGUAACACAACAUGACCAAGGUUAUUUUAAAGGUACGGGAGCAAAUUUUUGAACAGCAUUUAAGAGAAACGCAGAAUCGCUAUUAACUCGGUCGCAAUGAGCGUCCCGUGUGUCCUCUCCGCCGCUGCUCGAAGCUUCAUCCUGACGCCUCCGUCCGCCUGUCGGCUGCUGAGCUUCAGCUCUUCCACAAGAAGAAACAUGUCCUCCAAACGUCAAAUGGACCACCUAGAGAGGACGGCGAGCAACUACAGACAAAAUGCUCUGUAUCCAGCAGAAGUAUGUGGGAUCAUAAGUGAGUCAGACACAGUGAAACGACUGAGAAUAGCCGUCCAUCCAGACUUCAUCUUCAAAGCAGGACAGUGGGUGGAUUUCUUCAUCCCUGGCAUUGAGAAAGUAGGAGGCUUCUCCAUGUGCUCCAGUCCAGGUCUGCUGCAGCGGGAGGGCGUCGUUGAGCUGGCCGUGAAAUAUGCCAAACACCCCCCAGCACACUGGGUCCACACUACGUGUACGUUAGGCUCCAGGGUGGCCAUGCGUGUCGGCGGCGACUUCUUCUUUGACCCAGCGCCCUCCGACCCCUCUGUGGAUUUGUUGUUGGUGGCCGGUGGCGUGGGCAUCAACCCCCUGUACUCUAUUCUGUUGCACGUAAAAGAUCUGCUGCAUCUCAGCCGAGCGUCGGGCGGCAGGGACUACAACAUAGGCUCCGCCCACCUCUGUUACAGCGCCAAGAACACCCAGGAACUGCUCUUCAAGAGCUCCAUCGUUGAGGCGUGUCGGGAGUUUCCUGACAAAUUCUCCUGUGACUUGCACGUCACGCAGCAGAGCACAGAUGUUGACCCGUACCUCCAGCCGUUCAUCAACCGUGGGAGAAUCACACAGGAGGAGCUGCAGGCUCAUGUGGAUCCACAGAGGACUUUGUGUUACUUGUGCGGACCCCCGCCCAUGAUCGAAGCAAUUUCAAAAUCUCUCUUGGACCUCGGCCUCCCGAAAGACAGGAUUGUCUUCGAGAAGUGGUGGUAGGAGCUCCCUCAACUCCUAGAAACCGACGAGGCCGUGCUCCUCGUUGUGUUCACCUUUUUUUUUUUUUUUUUUUUUUUCCCAAUCAACGGGGCGAGGAUGUGUGUGGGGGGAGAACAGAAAGUAUUUGAGAUUUCCCAGGGAUGUGGGAUAUUAAAUACGAGUGCUCAAGUAGAUGAGGAAGCUCAUCCUCUGUUCCCUGCUGCUGCAUCUGCGAUCGACCACCGGGGCCACCCACUCUUCGGCCGGCAGCCGGCUUCCACAGACAAUGGAGAUUCAUUUUUGUUUCCUGCAGUACAAACAGGAGGACAUCGGUGUAUGUAUGGCGGACACACCGUGAUGCAAAUUACAUACCUUCAAACUAAGUACUUACCUCAGUCAGUGAUGUAUAUUUUGCAUCGCAAUGCUCAUCUCAUUGUUUAUGCAUUAAUCAACUGAUGCAGACAUGUCGUAGAGCAAAGGUUUGACAAGUUGCUCUGAAGUGUAGAAAUGUGUUUUUUUGCCACAUUAUUUCCAGGAAGUUGUUACACCUGGAUGAAAAAUAAUCCAGCAAAUUCCCCCCAGCAAAAUGAUUUUUUUUUUUUAAUAUAUAUAUUUACUUUUAUCGUGUACAGAUGAAUCAAACAAGAUGUAAAGUGUAAAGCUUUGAAGGUGGUGGUAGUGGGUUGAUUUGUGUGAUUCACACUACACUCCACCUCCAAUCUCUGGCUGCAUAUUUAGUGGACAGAUGUGAGUGUGGUAUUGAUCUGCUCAUCUACCUCCCGGCAAGAGAACACUUUUUUUUUUUUUUUAACCAAAAUGUGAAUUAUUCCUUUACGCAAUGCAGAGAAUUAGUGAUAACAGUGUCAGUUAGUAGUGGUAUUCUACACUGUACAUAAGUAUAUACUGAGUAAUUUACUUUUAACAACAUAUGGUUCAUUUGCUGAAGUUUUUAGUUUUUUUUUAGACUUGUUAUGCCAUGUGUGUGUGUAUACUUCAUGAGAUAACUUUAUUUAAGCUCUGAUUUUAGAAACCUUUGGCUGAUCAGCGAGGUGGUCUGCGAGCGAUUGUUUUUCCACAUUUCACACCACUGAGCAUAUUUUAGAGUCAAAACUUAACAAUCUCCCACACGUUGGCCAGCAUUCCUGUCUGUUAAACUCUCACACACACAGACACACACACACAGCCUCACUAUCUCCUAUACAGUCACACAUACCCAUGAACAGUUUCUCAUCCCGGGCGAGAGCAAGUGUCCCACGGUGCCCUGUAAUGGAACCUCCGGGUGGUCUCUGAUUGGCUUGGAUCGCUGAACAUCCCUCGGAGAUGGUUGCGAGUUUCCUCGUUGUCGUCUCUCAGCGGGGGUCGUGCUAUCUAGACUCAUUUUUGAGUUGUUUCUUGCGUUUCUUCCUCGCGGGAGGAAAACUGUUUAUGACGGGGACGUGAGAUUUAAAGGAAAUAAAAGAAAAUUGAGUCUGAAAA